AUGGACAAGAAGACAUACGGCAAGAUCGCGUCCCUUGCAGCCACACCGCCGCCGGCCACUGGCUGCGGGUUGCUGGUUGCGCUCUCAUGCCUCGCGAGCGGAAUUGCAGCUUUCAUGCUGCUCGUGCUCUUCUUCCCGACCUCCAUCAUCGUGUGCAUUUUGCUCUUCGACUUGGCAGCCCUUGUCAGCAUCGCUGUCGUCGGUCUGCUCUUGAACGUGUCCAUUGUCGCAGCGUUUGGUGUUAUUCUGACGCUCCUCGAUCUCUGCGUUGUGAUCCCGGGCGCCUUUUCCAUCGGCCUCACGGUUGCCACUGUGACGCUUGAUAUGAUCGAGAGCGCAGCCGCGUGA